AUGUAUUCUCGUAUCAUUUUCUAUAGUUUUUGUUUAUUCGCUACGUGCCAAGCUAUCGGAAGAACUCAGUCGACUGCUAUCGAAGGAGUAUUGUUGUGUGAAGAUAAACCAGCGAAGGAUGUGUUGAUCAAGUUGUAUGAUCAUGAUACUGUAUCCCCUGACGAGUUGAUGGACUCUGCGAAAACUGAUGCAGACGGUCACUUCCGUUUGAGUGGUACAGCUGACGAGAUAUCUGGAAUUGAACCUAAAAUCAACAUCUACCACGAUUGUGACGAUGGAAUUUUGCCCUGUCAACGACGCAUCACUAUCUUCAUCCCAAGCAAAUAUGUGUCCAACACUAAACAACCAUCUGAGCUGGCUGGAAAGUAUGCUGGAGAAUCCAGAGAUUGUCUUCAUUAA